AUGCUUCACUACGGCCCUGGACGAACAUUUUCCAGCACCACUACCACCACUGCGGACUCUCUGAAUGACACGAGCGAGAGAGCAUUCAGGCGCCUAAGGUUGACUCUUCAUACGGGAGAUGAUGCCACCAAAGCCCACAAUCCAGCUCAUUCAGAUAAGAAUGGCUGGAAGAAGCGGAAUGGCGUCGUUCAAAGAGAAAGGCCGGCUGGCAGUGAGUCACCCAAGCAGCACCUGGGUGACAUGACCAAUGGGCAGCCCGAGCCCUCGUUGCAGCAUGGCGGGCCCAAAAUGUACGGCGUAGUGCAGAGGAACAACUCUAGCAGACAACAGGAAGUGAUGGCGCGAGAGUGGACAGUCAGUCACCUUCAUGAUGAAAUGAAGUACAUCAAGGAGGUGAGAGACUCCCUGGAGAAGGUUAGAGAGCGCAUGUACGGGCAGUUUGGAGGAAUGCAGGAAUCUGUGCACAAGCUCUCACAGGAAAUUAAGACGGCCAACUCCCACCGCAGGAGUCUGGAAUCAGAAGUAAGGGUCCGCACAGCCGCCAUGGAGAGAUUUGAUCAAAUGAACAGCUCCCUUAUCUCAUCAAACAUUGGCCUGCAGAAAUCCCUACUAGAGAACUGCCAGAAUCGAGUGGAUACAAGGGACGAGUUGAAAAGUUUGCGCAACACUUGUGAGAGGACACAAGAACAGCUCAGAGACAAGGAGCGGGAGCUGGCGGCCGCACAUGCUGAAAACCAAACGCUCAGACUUGAGGUGGAGUCUACACGGGAGGCCAACAGUAAGGCACUAAUGGAGCUCUCCAAGACGCUCGAAAAGGACUACAAGGAAAAGCUGGAGGAAGAGCGAAGGAAACACAGGAUGGAGAUUGAAAUACUCCAGGCCCAACUGGAUGAAUACAUCAGACGACUAGAAGAAGCUGAGACGAAUCUCAGGAUCGCAGAGGCCAAAAUUGCUGAGCGGGAUCUGAGGAUUGGUGAACUUGAGCGCCUGCUUGACUGCAUGGGAACGGAAAAGAAUCAUCUCCACCAGAAACUGCAGGAAUGCGAACGGCGUCUUCGCUUGUUGGAAAUCAUUGACACAACAGAUGGCGAAGUAGCCAAAAGGUCCAAAGAGCUACAAGGUGAAGCCGGAGAUCUAAGAGAGAGAAUCAAACACUUGAAUGACAUGGUCUUCUGCCAACAGCGGAAGGUCAAAGGAAUGAUUGAAGAGGUGCAAACACUACGAGCCCAAGUUGCCGAGAAGGACAUGUUCAUCUCAGAGCUACUGGACCGAAUCGCUAUUGUGGAAUGUGAGAAUAAUGAAUUAGAAGACAAGCUCAAGUAUUUUAUGUCCACACAGAGUAGUGAAGAAGAGGAUUUGGACUUUGGGAAGACAGGACCAGUCUGCAAUACUCUCCCAAGAGUUGAUGAAGUACCAGGGCAUGAGGGUGAAUCUUCUGUUCUGCAUGAAGCAACUCAUCUUCAUCCUAUUGAACCCCUAUUUGUCAUACCUCCUCCACCCCAAAUUCGACCUCCACCACCCCCAGAGCUCCCAUUACCUUAUGCAUAUGCUUCACUACCUCCUGAACCUUUUUCACCCACUAAGCCUCCGCUAUCCCCACUACCUUCCUCACCUACACCCCCCUCAUCACCCACAUCACCUCCAACUUCUCCCACACCGCCUGCAUCAUCAUCUCCCACACAAGAUUCAACCCUUUCUCCUCUCCACCAUCCUUCCCCCUACCUUACAAUGCCAGCUCAACCGAGGACGUUCAGGUAUAAUAACCCUCCUUCCAGCAGGCUGGAGUCCAGUUUACUUCGCUUCACGCCCGUGGAGUACAGCCGCUUCCUGGAGGACAACCCGACGCCACAGAUUGAAAAGUACUCCACCACCCGAACGGCAUCUGAAUUCCAAAGUUACGAGAGCCUGCCCAUUGACGAGGUGGACGUGGGAAUUGAAUCCGAGACGGCGUAUAAUCAAGACGAAGAUUCCGCCAUGUCCAGGAGACGGAGACCGACGAUCGCUUACCUUGAUACGCCUUUCAUGAAAUUAAUGGAAAUAACUGCAAAUAUUAAAGUAGAGUGA